AUGACUUCGAAAGGUGGUGACGUUAUUUUUCUACUGUUUCUAUUAUUUGCUAUGUUCAAAAGUACAUUUGGGAAGAACUGGGUCUUCAAAAUAUAUAACGACGCCACAUCGAAAGGUUACCCUCGGGAUUCACUUUCAAAUUUUACUGAAUUUGCGAGAAAUUAUGGAUAUAAAGCUGAAGAACAUACUGUAGUAACAGAAGAUGGAUACAUCUUAUCGGUGUUCCGGAUACCGAAGGGUAAAAAUUGUAGAGGAAGGAUAAGGCAACCCCCAGUAUUGCUUAUGCACGGGCUGCUACAGAGUUCAGAUUCUUGGUUAGACGCCGGUCCAUCAGCUGGGCUCGCGUUUCUUAUAUCAGACGCGUGCUAUGAUCUGUGGGUGGGAAAUGUACGUGGCACGUAUUAUGGACGAAGAAACGUUCGUCUCAAUCCAGAUACAGACGAACAAUUUUGGAAUUUUGACACGCAUGACAUGGGAAAGUUAGACUUACCAGCUAUUAUUGACUACAUUCUAAACGAAACGGGAUCUUCGAAAUUAAAUUAUGUUGGGUUCUCACAGGGUGCCCGGAUAUUUUUCAUCAUGUGCUCCGAAACAUCUGGGUACUGCGACAAAAUAAUAAUUUCCAUUAAUCUAGCUCCAGCGGCAAGAUUAAAAUAUACAAAAUCUGUACCUGUACUGUUGAUGAUUCCGAUUUUUGUGCCAACAGAACCACUUUUGGGUGAGUUGGAAGUUUAUCAAAAAGGGGGAUUGAUUCAAAAAGCGGCAUCUUUCUUUUGCAAAGAUAUUAUUUUGGCGGGAACUGUGUGUAGAGCAGCGUUGGCUUUAAUCAAUUCUUAUGAUCCGGGCUCAAUAUUAACUCAAACGAUACGAGUGUUGUUUGGACAUUUCCCUGCUGGAACGUCAGCCCGAAAUUUAGCUUUCUAUGGUCAAAACGUGUUAUCAGGCAAAUUUCAAAAAUACGAUUAUGGACCUAGUAAAAAUGAGGGAGUAUAUGGCACCGUUCAACCACCUCUUUAUAACCUCAAUCGUAUCAACAUACCUGUUGUAUUAAUAUAUGGUAAAAACGAUGUAUUAGUCGAUUCGAAGGAUGUUCAAUGGCUUUCGACUCAACUGCCAAAUUUGAUAGAGUCUUAUCAAGUGAGACGGCUAACAUGGACUCACGUCGAUAACUGCUAUAGUCAAUACACAAACGUAACAAUUUUUCCAAAAAUCCAUGAAUAUUUACAGAAAUAUAGUAAAGAUGGUUCUGUAUAA